AUGGUGAGAAGCUUGACCACAGCGAACGUCAUUGAGUGGGAGUGGUCUAGGGUGGUGUAUCGGGCCAAGAUCCCGUCCAUGGAGGUGCUGACCACCGUCAAGAGAUUUUGGACAUGUGAUGAGGCAGCAGUGGCGGUGUUCACAUGCGAGAUUGUGGCUCUGGACCACAUCCGCCAUUGGAACAUCGUCCAGCUCCUCGGUUGGGCGGCGAAUCAUCGGACACGACUGCUCUUCUACGACUACCUACCUAAUAGGAUCUUGGGGGACCUCCUCCAUGGAGGCGGAGGGCCGGUGGUGGAGUGGGAAGUGAGGUUAGAUAUCGCCAUUGGGGUGACGGAGGGCCUCACCUAUUUGCAUUAUGACUGCAUCCCUCCGAUCCUCCAUCACGACAUCAAGGCUGACAACAUCCUCCUCGGGGAGAGGUAUGAGGCCUACCUCAUGGAUUUUGGCCUUGCCAAUGUCGUCGAUGACAGCACUGCCGUCGGAAGAGGCAACUUUAUCCUAAAGAGAAACAGAGCAUUUGGAUAA